AUGUUAGCUGUUGGGCAGAUGGAUGCUAACCGGCAGAGUGCUUUCGUCCUAGGCAGUACACCGCUGGCAGCAUUGCACAACAUGACCGAGAUGAAGACGUCUUUAUUUCCCUACACUUUGCAGAAUCAUGCGGGCUUCAAGGCGCAUUCUCUUACUCAUUUGAACUCACAGCUUGCCCUGGGGACACCACAUGGAAUUAGCGAUAUCUUGGGUAGACCUAUCAACUCAGCUGGACAGCUGCUCUCGGGCUUUCCAAGGAUAAACGGCUUGGCCACCACCGCAGGAAUGUACUUUAACCCAGCGGCCGUUUCUCGGUACCCGAAGCCCCUGACGGAGCUCCCGGGGAGAGCACCCAUAUUCUGGCCUGGAGUGAUGCAGAGCUCCCCUUGGAGGGAUCCUCGAGUGCCCUGUCCUACUCAAGCAAACAUGAUGCUCGACAAGGAUGGCAAGAAAAAACACUCCAGGCCAACUUUUUCUGGACAGCAAAUUUUUGCAUUGGAGAAAACCUUUGAACAGACGAAAUACCUUGCUGGCCCAGAAAGAGCUCGACUGGCUUACUCUUUGGGAAUGACUGAAAGUCAAGUCAAGGUAUGGUUUCAAAACAGGAGAACCAAAUGGCGGAAGAGACACGCAGCAGAAAUGGCAACAGCCAAAAAGAAACAUGACUCUGAAACUGAGAAGAUGAAGGAAAGCUCGGACAAUGAGGACGAUGAUGAGUACAACAAACCUCUGGACCCAAAUUCAGAUGACGAAAAAAUCACGAGACUUCUGAAAAAGCACAAGGCUACAAACCUUUCCUUGAUCAGUCCAUGCAGCAAUAGCUCGGACACCUUGUGA